UCCUCCGGUCAAAAAACUAUGAGUCUGACCUUAUCUUAACCUGGCUGGUUAGUUACUCUUCCUCCCCUUCCUCCUCUUCCUCUGCAGAACCAUGUCGACCAGAGACUUAACCUGUCUUAACAGUUCCUCUGCAGAACCAAUAUGCCCGUUGUUUACGUAAGCUGAAGACUAUACCCUAACUGUGUUCUUCCUCUUCUUCCUCCAUCUUCCUCCUCCUCAUCCUCUGUAGAACCAUGUGGACCGGUGAAGGCGAGGUUCAGGUGACGGGGCGGAUGGAGACCACCCCUGCCAUGGGCGUGCCUAGUAUCUCUGUUUCCCAGCAACAGGCCCCUAAGAAGUUUGCCCCUGUGGUUGCCCCCAAACCUAAGUUCAACCCGUACAAGGACCCCACUGACCUUGCAGGAGGUGACUAUCCCCCUCCUCCUCCUGCUGAAGACAGAGGCCUCUCGUCCUCUAUCUCGUUCCCACCGCCUCCACCCAUGGACAGAGAAUAUCAGAUGCAUGGACCAGAGAAGACACUGGAAGAGAGGCGGUCCAGUCUGGAUGCUGAGAUUGACUCUCUGACCUCUAUCCUAGCUGACCUGGAGAGUAACUCACCUUACAAGCCCCACAAUGCACAGAACUCCGGAACUCUUCCAUCUUACAACUCUGGAACUCUGACCAAUCCCAACGCUCCGGUGACAGGGUACAAGCGUAUGGUCAUCCCCACCCAGCCUCCUCUGACGGCCACCAAGAAGUCCUCUCCCAAAGCCGGGGCCCCAGGCGGAACACUGCCCCGGCCCCAAGCGGAGAACUCCUCCUCAGCCUCCAUACUGGCCAGGCCCCAGUUCCAGACGGCUCCCCAGCCGGUACCAGCCUCCUACGCAACAGCCUCCACCCCCAGCCAGCCCACCUUCAACGUACAGGUGAGGUCUGCCCAGCCCGGGCCCCAGCACCAGUCCCCUGGACCCCCCCAGCAGUUUGCCCAGCAGCCCAACAGGAGCCCGGUCCAGUACAUGGCUGCCCAGCCCAGGGGCCCUGAUUUCGCCUAUGGGCCUCCCCAGCCAGGCUUCGCCCCUCAAGGGUACCCAGAGCAGGCCUACCCGGGAGCAGGAGGCUACGGGGGAGGACCAGGAGGCUACGGGGGAGAACCAGGAGGCUACGGGGGAGGACCAGGAGGCUACGGGGGAGAACCAGGAAACAGCUGGAGACCCCAGCCUAGCUAUGCUGCUGCUCCUAGCCAGCAGGGCUACCCACAACCUGUCCCUAAGAAGACCUACAUCACGGACCCUCCUGCCAGCCUGGCUCCUCCUGCACACCUCGCCCCACAGAAGUUCAGGGCCAAUCAGGGGGGCUCUAUUUCCAGACAUCUGCUGGGCGGGGCUAAUUCACACCUCGUCACCACAGAGACGUUGGCUGGUGUUCAGGUCUACCGUGCUUCUGAUAUCAACUUCUUACAUCACUCGUAUACUCACACCUUGUGA